UCGAAUAACCUCACUUUUUGUACAUUUUUCUGCACGGCUUAUUUUACUUAAGACUGAAUUCUGCAUUACAUUUUCGGUGUAAUUGCGAAAAUGUCUCACGUGGAAGUCAUACUUGAGGAUCUUACCAGUCAUCCGAAGUGCCCGCACGGGCCCACCGUGUUGUUCUCCCGAGUCUCCGAUGGUAGGCGUAUUAACUUCUUUGCGUGCUCUGCCUGUCGUGAUCGAAAACAGUGUUCGUUUUACUUGGGGACAGAAGAAAAAAUGACUUCCAUUGCUCAACAGAAAUGGAAGGAGGCAACUGAAAACUUCACAAAGUGCAUAAAUCACCGAAAGCAGUUCAUGGGUUUAAAUGAGAUUAAACUGAUGUCUCCGUCUCUUCGAAGAUACUGUCAUACUUGCGAACAGUUUGUGCCAUCAAAAUAUGUGGAUAAACACCUUGCACAUUUAAGUACUGCAAGCAUAAGUGACUAUCUUCUAAUGCAUCCUUCUGAGCUUCUCCACCCACUUGACAAUCCGAAAAAGGAGGCGCAAUUCUUAUUUUCACACACUGCAGUUAAGACAUUGGUGGAAAUCAUCCGCCAGCAAAGUUUUAGUUAUGUUCUGUCAAUAGGAGCCCCACGGAUUCAUGAGCAUAUAUCGUCGAGCUGUGAGGAUAUGACCAGCUUAUUGUUAGACAUCGAUAAACGGUACCAUUCCUUCUUUGGACCUCUACAAUUCUGCUGGUACAACAUGUUUAAUAAUCACUUCUUUUCUAAGGAUGCAAAAGACAUCUUUCACGAUUUUCUAAAACAAAGCGCAGGUCAGCUGGUUAUAGUAAUGGAUCCCCCAUUCGGUGGAAGAAUUGAGCUUCUUGCACAGACAGUCGUGAGCAUUAAUCGGUUAAACAAAGCUGUAAAUGGGUCCGAAAAUGAUUUGCCGGUGCUGUUUGUAUUUCCGUACUUCAUGGAGCCGCAGAUAUUAAACAGCUUCUCCGAUUUUGUGAUGCUAGAUUAUAAAGUGGAUUAUGAUAAUCAUCCGUUGUUUCGAGACGGCCCAAAGGGACGCAAACAAGGAUCGCCUGUUCGAAUUUUUACUAAUAUUAGUGUGUCGUCAAUUACACUUCCGGCCGAUGAAGGCUACAAAUUCUGUGAUAAAUGCGUUCGGUGGGUCUCGCUUGAAAAUCGCCACUGCAAUGAAUGUGAACUGUGUACAUCAAAGGAUGGUAGAACGUAUGUGCAUUGCCAAAAGUGUCAGAGAUGUGUUAAGCCCACAUGGAGCCAUUGUGCCACUUGUAACAGAUGCGCACAAACCGACCAUGACUGCAGUGAGAUUGUUUUUAGUCAGGCAUGUUUCCACUGCAAAGAGCCAGGACAUAAAAAAAGAGAAUGUCCGAAGGUAAAUCAUGCUGAAUUACAGCUUAAAAGAAAAAUGGGAGUGAAGACCAAGUCCCGAAAGAAAUUAAAAAGGGCAAAAUGAAUAAUUUGUAUUAUUAACGAGUUGUAUUUUAUUUUUGUUAUUAUAUUGUAUUUAUAAUA